GUGUUUAGUCUUAAGCUAUGUCGAAAUUACAUAGAACCAAAUAUUCGGUGGGUGGUGGCAGUUCUACGUAAUCGCAAUGUACCAAUAAUGAAAUCACUACUGUCCCGGACUUUUCCGGACGUCAGAUCGCCAAUUCCGGGAGAAGUGCAUCAGGAGCGCAUAUCACUCGGAACCACAACUCCUCAACGCUCGAGUGUUCGCCACAGCUUAGUCGUUAACUGUUCGCUGCGGAGUUCACGUCUCCUCCAACCUCGUCACGCGCGCACAUCACAAUCUAAAUACACGUUUACUUUUUUAAUUUUGUGCGAUGUUGGUGCAAACUGAAUCCGACAGUGGACCCCCAGGGCGGCCGUCCGGGGUCCUGGAUUCCCCAAUUUUGGCAAGAGUGGAAAGGGUCUUGCUUCGACAUGAAGAGGGUUUCGACAGGGACAGGAGGUACUCUCCCAGACCGGAAUAUACGCAGUCUCUUCUUUCUUCGAGUUUCGGAAAGGAGUCGACUGCCACGAUCAAGCGGGGCCUUCUCUGGCAGCAGCGAAAGAAACUCUUCAGUAGAUGGAAGGAACGCUACUUCAUACUGACUAGGGAUUACUUGUAUUGUUUUCAAAGGGCUUCCGGGGCUGAUAAAAUAUCUGAAAUGGGGCAGUUUCUCUUCAAAGUCAAGUUGGUUGACAUUGAACGAGUGGAAUGGGAAAACAAGAAGACUUACAGUAUUGUUGCUUUGGUUUUGGGGAGGGAUGGAAAGAUCUACUUGCGGACUCCGGACGGAUUAGAAGACUGGUUUGAACUAAUUGAGGAAUGUAUGAUUCUCAGUAAAGAAAAGCGGAAGGCAAUGAGGCAUUCGCAUGACGGUAAAAGUAGGGACAACAACAACAUCACCGGUUCUUUGGGAGAAUGGAUGUUGCCUCAACACAGACUACCGAUGAGGCAAUUACCUAUAGAGAGUGUAAAACAGGACACAGUAAGAAGGCGCGAUUGGGUCCCUACUGACAGGGAUUGGGAGCAUCCCACCCUCGAUAACAGACUAUCUCGCGAAAAAUGUGCAUCAAAAGUUUCCAAAAUUGAAAAAGCAAAGAGAUGGAGAUACCAACCAUUUUCAUUUCGUAAAAAAGAAAUUUUGACUGACAUCGACAUCAACACCUACGACGAUAGCACCCUUGAGACCCCGUCAAUAACGUCCUAUCGAAUGAAUCAAGAUGUUUUAUGCAUACAACCUCCAUCCCUCCGAGGCAUGGGUAUGGGUUCCUUCCGUUCAACCAGAGAAACUUCGAAUUAUUCAAGGCGGAAUGUUCCUAACGUUCAAGAUAUUCAAUUCAUAAAAUUUAGAGAGCGUUCAUACAGUGACAUUCAACGAGAUGACCGUAGGGUUUGGCGAGGUUUGCCCAACAAUAUCGAUAACCGCAAGUUUCAUUAGUCACAGAAACGAGUUGUGCUAGUCAUUAAUUAAGUACAUUUUGGCAUCGAAAUUGCCAGCAACACAAUGAGUAUGUCAUUGGGACUCACGUAAUAACUUAGAACACUUCUGUCACUUGUGAGUGGAUAUUAAUGUUACUACCUACCGCAAUUUAUCGAAUAAUUUAGAGAUAUAUCAAUAGUAUUUAACUGUUUCUUUAUUUUAUUUUUUUUAUUGUUUUGUAAACAUAGGCGUCAGUUUUUUUUCCAAAUAUAUACAUCAAUAGCCGACAUGUUUCAUUAGUGCAAUAUACUAAUGAUUUGUAACUACGAGGAAACCAAAGAUGUUUAAAUUGUUUAAAUGACUUAUAGUUGAAGGAUUGUUUUUUAAGUACCUAUGUAUUUAUUGCUAAAUUUCUGUAUGUAGGCUGUAUUUAGGGACAAUCGAAGAUUUGUUAGGUUUAGAAGAGUUGCAUUUUUAAAAUGGAUAAUUGUAACGAUAACUGUUUCAAUAAAAACAAGCAAUGUAUGAUAAA